CAUAAUGUCUUACACUUAAACGUCACACUAACACAGCUCUUUUUUUCGUUUAUUUUUAAUUUGUUUUCCUGAGGGAGUUCUUCGUUAUUCAGUUAUCCUUUGUGCGUUCUAUCUUUGUUAAUUGAUACCAUGAAGAUGCAGCUUUUACAACGAAAGUUGUCCAGUGUUCCGAAGAGUCAUAAGGCUAGCUCCAAGUCUGUUUCAAUGAUGUCCUUGGAGGAACGAUUCCGGGAUAGUACAGAGCCGGCGCAACUAAAUCUAAUGCUCGAUCUUAACGAGGAGUUCUUCACCAAAUCCUACCUGCUGGUGCAGACUCUCAGCAAUCGCCACUCCUUUCUGGCUGCCAAGUUCAAGUUUUACAUUGACAUCCUUUAUAGACUCCAUGGCCACUACGUCACCGAGGUGGACCAAGGGCGGGAGAUGCAGACGAAGGUGAAAACGGCGGACGAGAAGCUGCAGUUGGCCUUGCACACCACGGCCACCUCGGAGGCGAUGAUGGAGCACUUGCGCGAGUCCUUGGAGGAUGCCUGGCGAAACGAGGACACCACCAAGAAUCGCGAGGAGAUCAUGCAGAUCCAGUUGAUAUCACUGGUGCGCAGCGAUCAACCAACGUUCAGCAGGGCUAUGCCUGAACAGAUAGCACCUUCAGCGAAAGACGCCCAUUUCAGGAACUUGGUCUUUCGCGAGCGUGAUCGCCUGGCCGGUGAGCUGAAGGACUAUCAGAAGCGCCUACAAACAAACCGCAUUUAUUCCGAAUCGCUGGAGGGAUUGCUGGAGGUGUCGAAGGAGACAAUUGCCAAGCUCAAUCUGCGGGUGAAAAAGGCCGAGUCAGAGAACUUUCGAUUGGAUCACAAGUGUAGAGUGGAGCAGGAUAAGUAUGAGGAACGUCUUUUGCUUGUUAACAAGGAGCUGGCCUCUGUGUUGCAGCAAAACGAGGAACUCCUCAUAGCCGAGAAGGCCAUGUCGGAGCUGACAUCCGCCAACGAGGCACUGAAGCUGCGAAACGAUCGUCUCGCGCGGGAGAACUAUAACUUCUCGAAGACUUUUCGCCUUCUGGAGGAUGAGAAGCACAAACUCCAGACGAGCCUGAAGAUGACCGGCGAUUUAAAUAAUGCUCAGAGGAGGAGUAAUGCCGAUCUUGAAUUGGCCCGCCGCGUCGCUGAGCGGGAUGCCAAGAAGCAGGCGGAUGACUCGCUGGUCCUGGAGCGACGUUUCAUCCAGCUGGCCAAGAAGAACUCGGAGUUGAACAAUCAAGUUCUGUUUAAUCAAAAUGAGAUCAAGACCCAGGAAAAGAAAAUCAUCAUAGCCACUGCCAAGCUGGACGAGGCUUAUCACCAGAAGGACGAAAUGGCUCGCACCCGGGACAAGCUCAGGAUAGAGAUCACCCGUCUUAACGACAUUGUGGCUGGAGUGCGGCACGAAAUCGCUAUUAUUCGCCAUCAAAUGCAGGAUUUGCAAAAUGAUCUUCACCGGGCCAAUAAGCAGUUGGAUGAGAAGGACCUGCAGGUGCAGAAAAUAGCUCGUGAAAAGAGGGAGCAGACCUUGGAGCUAAACGAAGCCUACAAGAAGAUCGAUGGCAUCGAGGAGGCGUUGGGUUUAAAGACGGAGCGCCUGGAAGCCCUCCAGUUGGAACUGCAUCAGAAGCAUCUGGAUUUUGUCAACGCGAAGAAGCAGAUGGAAAUCAUCCACUCAGAGAAGGUGUUGUUGUUGAAGACGAUGGACAUGUGCUCGCGGGACCGCUCCACGCUGCAGAACACGAUGACCCAGCUGACACACCAGAUCAAUCAGAUGACCAGCUCUCUGGCCAUUUAUGAAAAGGAAAUCUCCACCCUUGGGAACCAGAUUGAGCAACUGAACCGUACCAUAAAGCAUAAGCAGAACGAGAUCCACGCUAAGGGGCGCCUGUUGGCCAGCACACGGUCCGAUCUCCGAGAGAUGAAGAUCCGGCUGGAACAAUCGCAGCACACUAUAGAUUCCGAUGAGAAGCGCUUCAAGACCAUUGCUUGCGCCCUGGAAGAGGUCACCAAAGAAAAGAGUCUGAUCGGCUUGCAGAUGGUCAGAAGGAAUGAUGAAGUGCGCCUGCAACGAGAGAAAUUGGAAAUGAUGCAGAAGGCCAUCGAUCGGGGAACCUUGCAGUACAAUCAGAGAUUGGAAGACAUUCGUUUGCUCAAAGUGGAGGUAGUCAACCUGCGGAUGUCGCGCGAGUGUAUGCAACGCGAGGUGGGCAACAAGGCGACCAUGCGCCAUGAUGUGGUCCGAUUGGAGCGGCAGCUCAACCAGGAGAGGCUCAAGGUAUCGGCCUACUCCGAGGAGCUGUCCCGCCCCUGUCGCACCCAUCGCUGGCGAGUGCUUCUUGGCAAGGAUCCGCGUCGCCUAGAGCUGAUCCGCAAGGUGCAGCACCUCCUCCGGCGAAACAUACGCCUCUCCGUGCAGCGGGAGAACAUUGCCAAGGAACUGGUGGACUUGAAGCGUCUGCACGAGGAGUUUAAGCGGCAGAUUAAGCAUAUGCCCGAUCCCAGUGUGCGACAAAAACUCUGUAUCCAGCAGCGCAUCAGUCGCCGUCAGACCCGCCAGCUAAAGGCCAUGAAAGCCGAGCUGAGGAUCAACGAGAUCGAUCUCAAGGCCCGGGAACACUUAAUAAAGGGUUUCCAGGAACAGUUGCGGUCGCAUCAUCGAGAGAAUCAGCAGUUAACCAAUGGCGGCGGGGAUAGAAAGGGUUCCACUGGGGAGGCGAUCGACAGUAACUUUUUGGAUCAUGUAUUCGACUUUACUUCCACCUGCGAUCUUAUAGCUAAACAAUCUGAGUGAUUGUAUCUAUACUAUACCCAAAACAGCGGAUAAUAAGGUAUCUUUUUCACUUUCAAACAAAUAAAGAACAACUUU